GUUCUCGUUCCUUCUGUUUUCUUAUUUUCUUUGGUCAAAAUCAUGUUUAAGAGAUUUUAUAAUUCUCUCAAACUUCUUUUAAUUUCAUAUUCUCUCCUCCUAGGCCCUUCCUCUGCUCUCAAGGAAGGAGAAACAUGUAUAGCAAAUGGGAACUGUGACAGCGGAUUGCACUGUGAUGCAUGUCUUUCCAACGAAAAUUAUCGCCCAAGAUGCAUUAGAAUGCAACCUAUUCACCCUUUCUCCAAGGCAAAGGGCUUACCAUUCAACAAGUACUCGUGGUUAACGACACACAACUCCUUUUCUCGCUUGGGGGCAAAAUCAUCAACAGGGUCUGUGAUUCUUGCUCCAUCGAACCAACAAGAUUCGAUCACAAGCCAACUCAUUAACGGUGUUAGAGGGUUUACGCUCGAUAUGUACGAUUUCCAAAAUGAUAUAUGGUUGUGCCAUUCGUACGGAGGAAAUUGCUUCAACUACACUGCCUAUCAACCUGCGAUCCCUGUUCUGAAAGAGUUCCAAGUGUUUCUAGAGAAGAACACUCAUGACAUCGUAACGAUCAUCAUCGAAGAUUACGUGAAAUCGCCCAAUGGACUCACCAGAGUAUUCAACGAUGCUGGGCUAAGGAAGUUCAUAUUCCCGGAGACAAGAAUGCCUAAGAACGGCGAGGAUUGGCCGACGGCCGAGGAUAUGAUCCGCCAAAACCAACGGUUAGUCGUUUUUACAUCCGAUCCUCACAAGGAAACGACCGAGGGAAUUGCAUUUCAGUGGAAAUACAUGAUAGAAAAUCAUUAUGGAAAUGAGGGGAUGAAACACGGAAUGUGCAUAAACAGACCAGAGUCAUUACCAAUGAACACGAAAACAAGAUCACUUGUUCUUGUGAACCAUUUCCCGGAUGCUCCUGAAUUGCUCACAGCUUGCAGACAUAACUCGGCUCCUCUCAUGGGCGCUGUCAAAGCAUGUUAUGAGGCAUCCGGACAACGUUGGCCCAAUUUCAUCUCCGUUGAUUUCUACAAGAGAAGUGAUGGAGGAGGAGCUUCACAAGCAGUAGAUAUUGCAAAUGGUCAUCUUGUUUGUGGCUGCGACAACAUUGCCGCUUGCAUGGAGAACAUGACGAAGGGAACAUGUGCAAAGCAAGAAGCAUCAGAGCAGAGUGCACUCGUGACAAUUGCUAAACUAACUGCCCAAGCUUCGAAUACCAAACCGGCCCAACUCCGGCUUUAUGUGUUUGUUGUUACAUCUAUUGCAUUUCUCAACUUAAUUUAAAUCUCUCAUUCUU